GUUGGUCCACUUCAAUAUUUAUUCAAGCGAAGAAGCAAAAGGAAUAACGACACCAAGCUGAAAUGACAUUAAAGCUGAAAUUUUAAAAUGGUGUCUGUAAAUGCAACCCCUUUGUAGCAUCAAGGAACAUCAAUGUUGGAUCGAAGAAGAUGGCAAGCAAAUACAAAAACGGCAUCGAUCUUCGCAGUUUCAUUGGUGGCUACAGGAUAGAAGCAGAUCAUCCUGGCAUUUUCUACGGAUAAACCUACACGCCCUCUUGCUUGUCUUCGCCCACGCGUUACGACCCACGUCGAAGGAAAAAUAAAUUUUCGUUACGUUUCCUUACAAACGCAGAAUCCAGCUAAAAUGAAUCGAAAUCUUUUAUAAUAACAAAGAUGGAUGUUGGGGCCGAUGCAGUUGAUAAAAUGCCGUUGUCAAUGUUCGACGACCUUCCAGAACGAAGAUCGUCUUCAAGGCUCUGCUGCGUCCAUUCUUAAAUUAGGAAACCACCUCUACAUACGCGUGUUUACAGUAAUGGAACGGAAAAAGCACACAAAUCUCUCUGGUUCCCAUAUUUGUUUUCUCUUUGAAGUUUUUGAAAGAAUACCGUCUCACGAGUGAGUCUUACGUACUUACAGGCUACCUGUUACUCUUCCGAGCGGUAUUAGUGAUUGCAAAUAAGAAAGAGGAUAAAAAAAAUCAUCGUUAAACGGGAUGCAACGAGUUCGAUCGUUCUGCGUGUAAGUACGAAGCGGAGUGCGCAACAUUGUCGCGGUGUGCAUGCGGUAAUCGAAAAAGCAAGAUCGACGUGCACACACUACGGUGGUCGCACGCUUUUGCCACCACGCAAACAGAAGCAGUCGACACACGAGCCAGUCAGGCACCCUUCUGAGCGCGUGCAGCUCGACGCGCAGCAGCUGAAGAAGAAGAAGAAGAAAACGAUGACGAAGAGACGGUGGAGGGCGAGGGAGGCUGUGCUCCUAUAUGUAGCCCCGAAUCUUAGCCGGAGCAACUAUUACGCCCGAAAUCCUCGAGGCGGACGCAACCCCCCCUUUCCUCCCCCCCUGUAUUCAUCAACAGGUACAGGGUAACGCGAGAGGGAAUUUAAAACGGCGCGUACAUCGGUUUCACCCACCUUAUUAAUCGUUCAUUUACCUUAUAUGUUAAGUGAAUCGUGUGUGACAAGUGGAAUUAGAUCUGACAGAUCUGAGGUAUGACUUGUGUGAUCGAGAAAGGAGAAUAGAGGAGAAGCGGAAUAUAUACGUACGAGAAUAGGAAGAAAAUGCCGAGAGCUUUUCUAAUCACCCACCGUCGAUACAACGGAGUCGAAGAGGAGUUUGAUGGUUCCGGAAGAGAUUUCAGUCCCGAGAGAGGCGUAAGGCUGGCCGAUUACAGCGGGAACCAUCCGACUUCCGACGGUGCGAGCGAGUGCGGUAGCGAGACGUCUUCAGAGUGCCCUGAGGAAUUGUACAAUCUGACGAAACUGGCCGAAGUCAGCUUAGCAGCCGCUGCUGGCACUCUGAUUCACCCUAACAACGUGAUCUAUCAACAACCAGCCUCGCCUAGAUGCGCUCAACUUUCGGAAAAGUGCGGCAGAAUGAUGACACCGCGGACGAGACAGCAGGAUUCGCAGUUUCAAGAUCAUACGAGAACGCUCGAGGGUGAACAGACGCUUGGAGAACGAACGAGAUUGUUUUUCGAAAGAAUAGAAACCGAGCGAGAGAUUCUGCAGAAUCAUUCGGAGAGGAACACGGUUUUGGGUAUCCAUAUCACUCCUCGUUCUCAUCAUUUGCAAGAAGAACGUCGAGGUCUUGAUAUAUCAGAGAAUUCGUUGGAUAAAACCGAAUUGGAAUCGCCUCCUCCGUCGAUACCUUCGACCAUCUCGCAGAGCCGAAGAACGACCUCCACUUCAACGGAGACGUCCAAGUCCGAGGAUAACGAGGACCACGAGUGUCCGGAUUGCGGUAAAAAGUACUCGACCUCCUCCAAUUUGGCCAGACACAGACAAACGCAUAGGUCCCUUGGCGAUAAGAAAGCAAGGAGGUGUCCACAUUGCGACAAGGUGUAUGUUAGUAUGCCUGCGUUCAGCAUGCACGUCAGGACACAUAAUCAGGGGUGCAAGUGCCAUUACUGUGGCAAGUGCUUCUCGAGGCCAUGGUUGUUGCAAGGGCACAUACGUACUCAUACAGGUGAAAAACCCUUCAAGUGCACAAUCUGCAACAAAGCCUUCGCCGACAAGUCUAAUUUGCGUGCCCAUAUACAAACACACUCGAACACCAAACCACACGUGUGUGGUCGUUGUGGUAAAGCGUUUGCUCUUAAGUCGUACUUGUACAAACACGAAGAAUCAUCGUGUAUGAGGGCGCAUCAUCGAUCAUCCACGGAAAAGAUUGAUGGAAACGAUCAGAAGACAACGUCGUCCUCGACGAAAUCCUGUACGCCUCUUCCGUCGCCUUUGAACAGACUACAAACAACCCCAUGCGUUACUGCUUCCCCUACCAGCGUCAUCGUUCCUCGACUAGGUCUCAAUCGUGAGCAAAGAAAUUCGUCUUCAGCAUUUUCCGCGAUCAUUAGACAUACAAGACUUCCCGAUGGAUCUACGUCGCCUUUACCAUCGAAACGUUCCUGCAGAGAAAAGACUUCUGUCGAAGAACACGAAAGGAAGACACCUGAUAACAUAACAAAAGAUCCUGAAUGCUUGUCCAGGAUGGUUAUCAGAACUUCAGUUAUAUCGCCUAACCCGGAACACCUGAGUCGCUUCAACAACGAUAGCCAAAACUCUUCCGGCAGCUUUGAUUUUUCUGAUCCAACAAGAUCCUCAGCGUUCUCCAGACCCACCACGAUGACACUGAAUUUGGCUAUCGCAUAGGGUUCUAACUUAUCGACACUCAACAUUGUUGAAGAUUUAAUCGAAACGUUGAAGAGAAGACAUUGUUCGUCUAAAAUGAUAGAACGAAAUCAGGGCAAGUAUAAACAUAUUUCUAUCGAAUUCAAUGAUAGGAAUAUUAUCAAAUGCAGAUAAAGUAGUUUGCUUCCAUAGUAUACCAAAGACUACUUUAUACUUUAUGGAACGUUUGAAUGAUAUGUAGUAUAAUAGGCAUGAAAGAAUUGCUAUCCAAUAUGAACAAUUAAAUCAUUGUUUUAUAGAGAUACAAAGACGUAAUUACUUGUUAGUAACUAGUGUCAUUCCUACCAAUAUUGAGAUAAGUUCGUUAGAAGGAAACAUAUUUGAAAUUCAUAUUUCUUGCUUGAAUCUCGGAUGAAGGAGAUGGGUCCCUGAUGAUCCAGACUGACCUAGCUCCUUCAUUCAAGGAUUAAUAGCGACGAGUAGCCAGGUUUUUUUUUUAUAGUUAAAGAUGAAAGCAAUUUUAAGACGAAUUCAUUAAGAAGCAUUAUCAGAGAUUAUGUAACGAAUAUUAUUCCAUACACCUUCCUAAUUAGGGACCAUUUAGCACAUAGUCAGAUUAACGAUAAAAGUGUGGUUUACCAAUUCCUAGUGUCGUGCCUUAAACACUAUUCGUAGUCACAGCUUCUUUUUAAAGACAUAUCGCGUCCUGUUAAUAAAUAAAAAUAAUUUAUUGAUUUAGAGUGAUCUGCAGUGCCUAUGUAUACUUAUCUUAGUAUUAAUUGUACUUAUAUCGAUGGAACUAAUUUUUCAAGCUCUUCCAGGCAGCUAGAUAUUCUUUGGAAAAUUUCAACUCAUCUAUACCGAAUCAUAGAUUGUCAGCAAACACUUGGACCACCGAAAACGCUAUGUAUCAAACUAAAAUCAUACACGACUUCAAAUUAACAUUUGGCGGAAGGUGAAAUUCAAUUAUUCUAAAAAGUACUGAGUAGUAAUUAAGUUUCUCGUUUAAAAACGACAGAUUACUAUGCGGAUGAAUGUAAUUUCAAGUAUUGUGUCGUGCAUACUACAAAUUUGUAUCUAAGAAAAAUAGUUUUAUAUAUUAAUGCAUUAGACGCGUUUAUUUUUAAACACGCGUAUCGUCUGUGAUUCGAGGUUUCGUAAACAGAAUGGACUGUCAUCGCACAGUCUGGCGAGCCCUUUGCUGGCCGUAUUAUUAAGAACUUUUCUUUAUUUUGCGAUCUGUUGCCGAUCAGUGGCGAAGAUCAGAGUGUAAACUAGUCCAAUCCGUUCUGCUAUUCUAAAACGCAUUCUUGUCUUUUUUUCAAAAUAGAAAUUCACGACACGGUUGCAUAAAAAUUCGAAUGGCAGCGGUUAUGAUAAUGAUUUCGUGUAGUUUAUUCAAUUUCUUUUUUUUCAUCAUAAAAUCGUAAUACGUCUGUAUUAACCCACAGUUAGGGAGCGUAUAGAAUGAUGCGUAUCCUAGUCAUCGAUCUUCUCGCGAAGAUCGUACGUAAGGAUCCCAAAAGAUGUAAUAUUAUAUUGUAUAGUUGUGUAAAGAAACCACACGUUGUAAAUAGCAUUCCCUGUAAUAAUGUACCAGUACUUAGAGUAUCGCAAUUUGUUAGUCCUUAUUAGCGCAGUUUAAUGUACCGUUGUUUUACGUAUCUAAUGUAACAUUUGUACACUGGAGUGCCUAAGCAAACGUUUUACCAAUUUUUUUUCUACGAAUUGUACAAUUACAACGAAAAAUAUACAUAUCACUAUA